GCGGCGGCGGCGGCGGUGGUGGGCGGUGAGAUGCUGCUGAACGUGGGGCUGCUGGCGCUGGCGCUGCUGGCGGCCUACCGGCUGUACCUGCGCUGGGGGACGCGGAGCGGGCCGGGGGGCGUGGCCCGGCAGAGCCAGGCCGCCGCUCUGCCGCGGAUGAAGCGGCGGGAUUUCUCCCUGGAGCAGCUGCGCGAGUUCGACGGGGCCCGCAACCCUCGCAUCCUCCUGGCUGUCAACGGCAAAGUCUUCGACGUGACCAAAGGCAGCAAGUUCUACGGGCCCGAGGGUCCAUAUGGAAUAUUUGCUGGCAGAGAUGCCUCCAGGGGACUAGCAACUUUCUGUCUAGAUAAAGAUGCACUCAGAGAUGAAUAUGAUGACCUAUCGGACUUAAAUGCUGUACAGAUGGAAAGUGUAAGAGAGUGGGAAAUGCAAUUUAAAGAAAAAUACGACUACGUAGGUAGACUCCUAAAACCAGGGGAAGAACCAUCAGAAUACACAGAUGAGGAAGAUACCAAGGAUCACACUAAACAGGAAUGAACUUUGUAAACAACCAAAGUCAGGGGCCUUCGGAACUGCAACCUCUUAUUCCCCAUCACAGAAUGUCCUGCAUCUUUGGGUACAGUUCAUCUGCUGCGAAAAACAUUCAACAGGUUUUGUACAAGGAAAAUAAUAUACUCACAAAUGAAGAUUUGAAUACUAGACAUUAUUUGUGCUGCCAGACUUUUUGUUGCAGUUUAUUUGUAAUGUCUGGUUAGGCUUCUUAGUGAAGAGGGGCCAGGGAUUGAAAGGCAAAAACGCUAUUCCUUUUUAUCAGUAAGCUGAAGCCUUCAAAUAGUAUAUAUUACAAGCUCUCUAAAAGACGUGAGUCUUCAAGCUCAGUGGAAGGUUUGAAUCUUGUUUUGUGUGUCUUCUCCUUCAGCAUUAAAAAAAGAUGUACUCAUGUACAUCAGUAUCAGUAGGUUAGACUACUGAAACUGGUGUUAAAAUGUGAAUUUCCGAUUUUGUUUUGUAUGUGGGCGUUAGUAGCCCUGGCAGAAUACUUCAGUUCUCUAAGAGAAGUCCAUGUAGAUUAGGAUGGGGGUAAAAUUCAUCCUUUUCUCAAAAGGAUUGGGUAAAACUGUUUCCUCUGCAACAACUAUUAUCUGAAGCCUGCCUCUCCCCCCUUUUCCCAUCCUCCAAAUCAAAUCAAAUCAAAUAUUAAUUGUGCCUUAUUUCGCUUACAUAGACUUGAAUUGUUUUAAGGGACAGCCCCAAAAUUGUGGUUUCAUAGUCACUACGAGCAGCAUCGAGACUGAAGUUAGAAUGUUCUGUUGACUGGAAAACCUUGAUGUCAUUCUGUGUAUAGAAUGUAAAAGAGGAAUACUCAGUGUUACUGCCAUAUGUUAAUACUACAUAUACUUAAAUUAGCAUUGUGAUGGCCAAAUGCAUACUCCCAUGCUUCUUUUUAAGUAAUUACAAACACACACAAAAGUCACCCUUCCUCCUCUUCCAGAAGCUGCCUAACUUUUGGGAGCGUAGCCUUCACACCCCUGUAGAGUGAAGGGGCGUGCGCGCGUGUGUAUGUGUGCGUGUCUGAAUGCAAGACUUGGGAGGGAUUAUUUCUGCAGAUAUUGUAAAUACGAGUACCAUUUUAAUAAAGCAUGUACAAUACCAAAAGUGCUGUCAGACUUUAUGUAGAUGCUGUUAAGCAGAGCUGGAACAUGAUGGAAUACAAAGUAAGGGGAAGAGGUCCUGGAUGUGAAACGUCCACCGCUAUUAACACUGUUCCUUGUCCUCGUGGGGUUAUUUUUCCUUUCAAGUCCCAGCUUUUGAAGAAUCUUGAAGACUUAUUCAGGUAAGCUGUAUUUAAGAGACUAAACCUAUGCCAAUGCAUUUAUGGUGGAAAAAAAAUAAGGGAUGUAAAUAAAGGAGAAGCAUUUUAGGAAAUCACAUAAUGUACGGUAAAAGGAGCACGUAAGGUACAGUAAAAGGAGCAUGUCUUAUGGCAUUAAUAGGACAAGAAUGCUGGAGAUCUAUACAUGGGUAUCACUCAACAAAUUGUAGAAAUUUCACCGUCUGUUCUGCUAAAUUCAUAACGGUGACACUAUUAUAAAGUUCAUGACUUGCAGCUUUAUGGCUUACGUCUGUACCUCUGUUUGCAGAUUUUACCUGUGCUAAGCCUAUAGUAACAGAUUUCUAUAUAUACAUUCUGUUGAACUGUAGACUGUGAAAUUCCAGGGACUACUUCCUUUUAUACUAUUUGGCUGAAAGAGGAUUUAUAUUGAUGUAAAUGAAAUAAACAAACAAAAAUCCUCCGUUGAAUCAUGU